CUCACCCCCUCCUUUGCGCCCCAUUUCAAAUUCGCAGCAACGAGCGUUGUGUUCCUUUCCAGCGACCGAAUGAGUAUCUUCCGCCGGAAUCCGCGAUAGGAGCAUUUCAAACCUGUUCAAGCCCCUUGCUUUGAGCGGGUAUUGCCGCCUACUCCUAGCAGCUGGUGCAUGUUAGAGCCAACCCUGAACAUGUCGAACGUGCUGUCUUGCCAGGUGCCCUAUCAUUAUUCCCCAGUCGCGUGUGUCUGACGCUCAUAUCUGGGUCUACUCGAGUCGUGAAAACCUUGGAAUAAAUGCGAUACCUAGAAUGCGGAGUUGAUGACACCUUCAGUUAAACCCGAAACUCAUCAGUCGACCUAAUAUAGGGGUGCUUCUGCACGACUUAUCAUCAUGGCCACGCACUUGAACUCUUCAAGCUCACGUCCACAAUUUACGAAUCCCUGGACAGAUUCGCCCACAAAAAUAAUAGAACAAUCCGAUCAUACUCCCGAUAGUCGGAUUGCGCAUACCUUGACUGCUUGUACGCGGUGCAGACAGCGCAAGUCUAGGUGCGAUCCAGGAAUCCCACGAUGCUCUCCAUGCGAACGCAGUAACGCCAAGUGUGUCUACUACGACUCAGCUCGUAAAAGCACGAUCUCGAGGAACUACAUCGUCUUGCUUCGAGAGAGAGCCCGCAUGCUAGAGAAGGAGCUUGCUGAGGUGGAGAAUGAGUUCCAACACGCAGCGGAUGCCGAACUCAUGGUGCGUGGGGCGGGCCGCAUUCGGUUCAAAGAGAACGACGAGUCGAGAUACCUGGGACCAUCUAGUGGUAUUGCAAUCACGCGCCUCGUCAUGGAAAUGGCCAAGCAAAACACGGACUCGAAAAGCAUCAAAGACGUCGUUCCUGAAUUGACAGCGCAGGAGAUCAAAGAUGCCUUUGCACAAGAAAGCUCUAAGCCAACAUCUAAAGUGUACCCCAUGAUCAGCUCCACACCUCAGCCCAACCUGCCUCCCAACCACAUGACUUACAGACUUAUUGAUGUAUUUGUCGUCAAGGCCCAGGCCAUGCUGCCGACAUUGCAUGAACCCACGUUCCGCGAGGAAGCCGAAGAGGUGCUUAAUGGGUCCGACGAUCCCUGUCAUAACUUCCAGCUACGGAUGGUCAUAGCCAUCAGCAUGCAGAAGAUGAGUACUGUUUACGCAGGCCUGGCGGACAGCUAUUAUCUGGCAGCACUACCGUUCCUGGAAGCGUCUUUAAAACGAAUGGAUCUCAGAUCUCUACAAUGCCUUGCGCUGAUAGCUCAAUACUCAAUGCUGACUCCCACGAGAACAGCUGCAUAUUGGGUUGUCGGAAUGGCAGUCAAGUUAUGUCAAGAUCUUGGGCUUACUGAUGAAUCGACUAUCACUCGAUCUCCCACCGGUCAGCUUUUAGAUCCCUUGGAGAUCGAUAUGCGGAGGCGGCUAUUCUGGAUUGUCAUAUCCAUGGAAUACGGCCUUUCUCAUAGUCUCGGUCGUCCGAAUUGUUAUUCCGUCUGCCACGACCACAUUAACGUCAAGUUCUUUGAGCCAGUGGAAGACAGAUUCAUCACCCGGGAUGGAUUUCUCCCGGGAGCGAAGAUAAUACUACCUAAGUGCAUAGCAAUCCAUUUUUUGAAAAUGCGACUCCUCCAGGCAGAGAUCCGUCGGACGCUUUAUCUGAAUAAGCGCGAUGUACCGGUGGAUGACCACGACCCCUGGUUUUCGCAGAUGCUUGAGAAAAUCGACAACUGGGUAGCCUCUUGCCCCAAAAACGAUGGCGGCAGUGGUUUAAGCGAGAAAUGGUUCCAUGGAAGACGCAACACGAUGAUUGUGUUUAUGUUCCGACCUUCUCCCCAGGUGCCCGAGCCCUCUGUCGAUGCUGCACGAAAAUGCUACAGCGCGUCCGUCUUCAACGUAGCAAUGCAAAGGGAACAAAUCGCGACUGGAUCCGUUGACCUGACCUGGAUCUUCACGCAGAGUCUUUUCAUGGCCUUGAACACUAUUCUUUGGUCUCUCUCUUAUCCUGAUAUCCGAAGGGAACAUCCUAUUGACGAAGUCAAACGCCAUCUUAGCGUGGCACUGGAAGCUAUUGUGCUUGCCGCAGAGAGAUGGCCCGGUGUUGAAUCGGCCUUGGUUCUUUACAGGAGUCUAGUUGCUGCUUGCCUCCGAGCUUAUGCUACUGAGGAAUCCUUCGUCGUCCAUUCGCCGUCCAAUCAUGCGACUCCAUCGUCGUCUCAAGAUGUUACCACUCCACUGUCCGUCGCUAGCCCUGCAAGUACUUCAGCAUCGUUCCAUUCCCAAAGUGCCCGGGCUGCCAAUUCUUCAAUUCCCGAUAGUAGCACAUCGGGUGGCACAUUCUCGAGGGGACCUUCUGCGGACCCCUCGUUCUCUUUCUCCCAAGGAUCAACCUCGUCAGCCGGUGCAACUGAACCACUGAAGGCCGCGCAGCACUCAUCGUGGGAUGCUCAGCUCACUCCGCAAUCCGUGUCGGCCACCACGCAGCCUUCUUUUAGCUCCCCACCUUACGAUAUACAGCCACCACCCUCUUACACAGAUUUGCCGUUUGACCCGACAACCCCAUACAACCAAUUUCCUUCCGUCGUCCCUGGCUUGCCGGGCUGGGACCCAAACUUUAGCCCGACCUCCACCAUGGCUAGUCACCUGGCGUAUGUCGGUGCGGCUGUUGACCCCAUGGGCUGGAUAGACACGAUAGGGGAUCAAUAUUCCCAAUAUACCAACGGCGCAUACCCGAUGCCGCCGUGGCGGGGAAGAACGCUCAGCCACCAAGAGCAGAUGGAGUUGAUGGAGACCUUGGAAGACAAUAUUCCCGAUGUCUCCGCACAGCUUCUCGUACAAGAGUCCGCGACAUUUUACCAGUCGUGAUAGGUUCACCGCGAAGCUCCUUAUGGUUUGGUAAGAUUCAGCGUGUUUGUUGCGUGCUAUUUGCGCGGAUUAUUGUCGUUUGGGGGUGCUUUUGUAAUUUGUGUUGUCAUAUUUCUUCUGGGUGCAUGGAUCUCAAUAUACCCAAGGGUCAUUGUGCGGGGAAGUUGACGAGCUUCGUCUGGGUGUUUGGAGCAAGUCAUUUUCCAAUUGCUAGGUCAGGAUAAAAGGGACAGUGGAAUCGGUAGGAGGCUAAAUUAAAUCAGUUUCUUCAGGUAUUGGGCGCACAGUGGCGACCCGAGAGCCG